GCCUAGUAUGGCGCUUAAACUGGUUUCUUGACCUUUACCAAGUUGCCAAUUGGUCGAUUCAUGUUACUACUUUAAGCCAAGAAACAACUUAUAUUCACCAAUGGUCACAUUCUUCGGCAAACUAAGUUGUAAAUUUCAUACCUCUGUUAAUUUUCGUGGAGGAAUUCGUCAGUCAUCUGAGCUACUAUAUGGAAUUCAUCCUGUCUUGUGCGCUCUUACGUUUCGUCAUCGCGAUAUUUACCGGCUAUACGUCAAAGACGUAUUGAGCAACUGCAAAGAUUCCGACAAUCUCGUAGAGAUAUCAGCAUCUCAGAUAACCGAGAAAGCACUCAAAUAUGGCAUACCAGUAACUCGAGUACCAGUCGAAAAGCUCAAAGAACUAAGUAAUUCAAGAGCCCAUCAGGGUGUAAUACUUGAAGUUUCUCCUACCACCAUACAAUCUAUUUCAGACUCGUCAAUUAAAAAUUUGUUAUUUUCUUGGAAUAAUUUAUCAGGCUGUUUACCAUACGCAAAAAAGUAUCAUAGACCUACUGUUCUACUUCUGGAUCAUAUGAUGGAUAUCAUGAAUUUUGGGAACAUAUUGCGUUCAGCGGCAUUCUUUGGUAUAUCUGCGGUCAUACUAUCUACUUCUCCGUGUGUCAGCCCAUCACCUCUAAUAAGCAAAAUUAGUGUUGGCGCAAUGGAAAGUAUCUUAUUUUAUAGGUUAACUGAUACAGUAAUGGAUAUGAAAUCCUUAUCAAAUGCUGGGUUUUUGAUAGUUGGUACUUGCGGGGAAAGUCAGCUUCCAUCAACUAAAGCUUCCAAAUCUACAAAUUUUCUGAAACCGGAUGAGGUACUGACUGUUCUGUAAAUAAUGUAACAGACUCACCAGUAUUUUCAGCGACCACAUUGCUCAACAAUUUGAACUGAGUAUUGAAUUAAUUACUUAGUAAUAAUCUGUCAUAAACUGUGGGAAACCAUGUGCUUCAUUUUCUUUGGUCCUAAUAUAUGUAAAACAUUAUUGUCGGGGCACAGUAUCUGUCAAACUAUUCGUUCAAAUAUUGACGAAUAUUCGCAUAUAUCCGUAAAAUAGUUUCCGAUGCUUUAACAUAUAACCAUAAGUCUAGAACCUCAUAAAGAAUGUUCUCACAAAUAUUAAAAGCGUAGAAAACAUACAAAAGAAUAAACCAUUAAAUUGUAACCAAAAGGGUAUAAACCGUUUUUGUACUAAAUUACACAUCAUUCAGCCAUUUGUUCGCAUAUCGUUUUCAAUCGUCUCGAUCUUUGGAUUAUUAUCGUAAAUAAAGUGUUUUACCUUUCAGUUUAAGAGAUAUCGACAGCUCACCAGAAACCAACGUAUGCAAAAUAUGAGCUAUCACAUAAACAAUAUUUAAAGGCACACAGAAAAACGAAUGCUAAGUAAACAACCAUGAAAAUAUAAAGGCUUAUCGUAUUUCAGCACAUUUUUUCAGUUAAGAUAUCCGAAUAUUAUUAUAUCUGUUUCUAAAACGUAAUCCUUAUUCUGUAGUUUCUCAAAUUUCUUUCAUCUUUUUACCUUUAACAAAAAGGUUUGGUACUAAAAAGUGACACCAAAAAUGCUCCCACAAAUUGAAACAAUAAUGUUGCAAAAUAUAGCAAGGUCAUAUAAAAAUUGACUAACUAACGAGAAUAGUGUUCAUUGAAAGGUACAUCCACAGUUUGGAGGAUUCACCUAACUUUUUUGGAGAACAUAAUGAAAAAUAUACUAAGAUUUCCAUUGACUUUUGUUCUGAAUCUUGUUUGACAACGCCUCAAACUACUAUACUGCUUAUUUGGGACUCAUUUCGGGGAUUCUUGGUAGACAGACGGAUCCCAAUCCCAAAUAGUUAUUCUACGGCGCCACAUCAUAAAUUGACCACGUCUCCACUUUUUCAAUCUAAUACUACCGUCAAAUAAUGCACUGUAUAAAACUCGACGGGACAAACUUCCUAAAGCAUAUCCAACCCUAAAUCUUGAGAUAUAUAUUCAGUCGUGUUACUUUACAAAUCCUUAUUCCAUUUACUCCGUUGUUUUUGGUAUUUUUAUCUUAGUUGACUGUUUGUUAGUUUAGGUGAAAAAAAUGAUGUAGCAAAUUCAGUUGGCAGAUAUUUUUCAUUGUUAAACAUUACUACGCUUACCUUGAACUUCAACACAAAGUCCAUCCCAGUAACCUACUAGAAAGACCACCCCCUGACAAUCCCAUCUCUCUGAACCAAUGUGCAUACGUACUAGGUUGUACGUUGUGACUGACUGACUAACUGGAAAUACAUUUUUACAUGAUUAAGUGUUCGAAAUACGUUGUGUUGUUCUAUUUUCAGGUGAGGGCUGUGAUUGUGGUUAAAAUAAAAAAUUUUCACUACAGAUUUUGUUAGUCCUUCCAUCAAUGUUUUGAAGUUAAGAUACUAUGCUAAAAAACUGACAGUGAUUUAUUGGAUGAUGUCCAGUAGGGUAAAAACAUUUAGCAGCAGCACAACCAAGCAGAUUUUGAGAGCUCUAUGUGAUAAAUUAAUAAAUGUAUUAUUUUGAGAAGAAAGAAACCAAGUAGUUUAUAUACAGUGUUGCAAAUUUGUUUUCCUCCAGAACCGAAUUAUUGCCAAGUUAUGUAGAAGCAAAUUUAUUGUUUCAAUGUUUGUAGUUGGAUUAUAUUACUAUCCUGUAAUUAUCCCACUGUUUGUAAUUACUUCAGGUGGGCGCUAAUGAUGACAACAACACUGGAGUUUACCCUAGACCUCUGGUAUUAGCCCUGGGAAGUGAAUCGCGGGGUCUCAGCGAAAAUAUUCUAAAUGCUUGCGAUUUAUUACUACGUAUACCAGGUUUUGGAGAUUCAACCAAAUUAAAUCAAUGUCUAUCACAAAGUAUUACAUCAUCUUUAAAUGUAUCCGUUGCUGCUGGUAUUUUAUUAUAUCAGUUAACUAUGUUUCGGCAUGGACACGAAGCUGUUGACAAAACCUCUUUUAUUUCCCAUACUGAAUAAAUCGUCUUUAAUCUGUUUAUGAGAUUACUUUCACAACUUAUAUACAUAUCUUGCAUCUAUUCCAAUUUCGUGCAUAGUUAUAUUCGAUCAGAAAUCAUUUUUUUUUUGGAAUAUGUUACUUUGUUUUCAAAUAAAUUGUUAUUAUUCAUUUCUUCUGUUUUCUUGUCUGAAUUCCAGUGAAAUGUCGAUUAUUCGCAUUUUCUUAAAUGUUCGUUGACUUAUUAUUAAUUUACUAGUUCAGUACUACCACUUGUCUAACCAUUCCAUACUAGGUAUUCUGAUAAAGUUAAAAAAUUCCUGUAAACACUGAUACGGUGUCAAGUAUUACCAUGAUUUGUUUUAUUGACAAAUAAAACGGUAGCAUCUAUACAAUAUAUGUUUAAGCUAUCCUUUUCGAAAAUUUGUCUCCAUGCAUGGGGAAUUCCUACUUAAACUUUGACCAAGUCGUGGUGUUAAUUGUAUCUUUAUGGACAGUUUCUUGUUUUCUAUCUACAAAUAUUGGCUUGUCUACCAGUUUUUUUCUACUGAGGUUCAUUUUAGCUUGUUAAUUAAUUAUUUACCGCUCAGAGCUCAUAUCUUAAUAAGCAGCAAAUCAUGAGUUGGUUUUUUUCACCGUUUCAUAAAAUAAAAGGUUAGGAAUGUGCACGAUUAAUUUUACUAAGAAAUCGAAAUAAAUCAAAUUUCAUAUCCUGUUCUUGUGAUUAAAAACUACUUAUGAGGAAUUGAUCCAUUAUAGAGUAUUAUUGUUUAAACAACAAAAUACAGUCGACUUUUACGAUUUCUCCAUAAUUCGUCCAAAAAAUGCUAAUACUAUUGCUGUCACUGAAUUGGCAGAUUUGUUUUCAGUAGACUAUAGCAAUUUAUGGGGGUUAUCUUGAUUUUCUGAAGUAGUCUUUGGGUUGUUUGUUGGAAACACUUGGGUAAAAACGUA